AUGGCUGGGCGGAGCGGGCCGGACGAGAAGCUCAUCGUGGAGGCUGGCGCGGCCGUGGAUAACCUUCUGGCCCCAGACGCGAAGACGGGCGGUGGGCCCACGGAGCAGCCGCGCCCCUGCUGGGCGGCGCGCCCGCGCUCGCUCGCCGCGGCGCUGCUGGCGAGCGCCGUGCUCGCCGCGCUGGCGCUGGCGGCCCCGCGCGCGCUCGCGGAGCGGGGCCGCGCCGCCGAGCGGGCGGCGGCGCUGGGCGCCGCCGUGUCCCUGGCGGACACGUCCGCCGCGAUGCUGGACGCCGUGAACGAGGCGCGCCAGUCGGAAGGCCUUCCAAACCUCUGCUUCAACGAGAAGCUCAACACAGCUGCGCAGCAGCACUCCGACGACAUGAAGCAUCACUUCUUCAUAUCGCACACCGGCACCGACGACAGUUCGCCCGAAGAGCGCGUAGAGCGCGCAGGCUACAAUUGGGCUGCGGUCGCGGAGAACGUGGCCAAGGGACAGGAGACUGUCGCCGUCGUGAUGGCCUCGUGGAUGAACAGCCCAGGGCACAAGGCCAACAUCCUCCACACCGGCAUUACCCACUUUGGUUUCGGAAACAACGGCGUCUAUUGGACGCAAGUUUUCGGCGCCUCCCGCGGCGGUGACGUCUGCAUUGGGGCCGAGUCUUCCGGCGGCGGCCACGACGAUGAUGCGUCGGCGGACUCCGAGGGCGACGCGGGCGGGUCCAGCGGCGAGAGCGAGAACGCCGGCGGCGGCGAGGAGGGCGGCGUGUACCAGUGUUGCAUUUUCGACCACCUCGGGAUCAGCAUCGCGUGCUAUCCGGAGAAGCAGUGGUGGAUGCCCUGGUGUCCCGGCGAGGUGGCGGAGUGGCCGUGGUCGAAGUACUUGCCGUGGAGCGGGGGCGGAGACGAGCAGGAGGAUGCGAGCUGA